UGCUAAGAACUCACAGGAGGAGAGUCAUCAGAUUUUCACAGUGUUCUUAAUGGGCUUUAUGAUUCUUCCACCAGACUUCUUGGAAGUGUAGACAAUGGAGGACGAGGAAAAACAACUCCUGAAUGAAAAGCAGGUGCCAAACUGUGAGAGUGGUUAUGUGUGGCAUGUCACCGAUAUGAAUCGACUGCAGCGUUUCUUAUGUUUUGGUUCAGAAGGUGGUACUUAUUACAUCAAGGAGCAGAAGCUGGGCUAUGGAAAUGCAGAAGCUUUAGUAAGACUGAUUGAAGAGGGUAGAGGUUGUGAAGUUGUUCAAGAAAUAAAGACAUUCAGUCAAGAAGGCAGAGCAGCAAAACAGGAACCCCUACUUUUUGCUCUUGCAAUUUGCUCACAGUGUUCUGAUGCAAAAACAAAACAAGCAGCAUUUAAAGCUGUUCCUGAGGUGUGUUGCAUACCAACCCAUCUCUUUACUUUCAUCCAGUUUAAAAAAGAUCUGAAGGAGGGCAUGAAAUGUGGUAUUUGGGGCCGUGCACUGAGGAAAGCUGUUGCAGAUUGGUACAAUGGAAAAAAUGGCAUGGCUGUUGCUUUAGCAGUUACAAAAUAUAAGCAAAGAAGUGGUUGGUCUCAUAAAGAUCUUCUGAGGUUGUCCCACCUAAAACCUGCCAGUGAAGGAAUUGGUAUAGUCACUAAAUAUGUUACGAAAGGGUGGAAAGAUGUCCAAGAAGCUUAUAAAGACAAAGCAGUUUCUGCUGAGACUGAAAAACUCUUAAAGUAUCUGGAGGCUGUGGAGAAAGUAAAACGCACAAAAGAUGAAUUGGAAGUUAUUCAUCUAAUAGAGGAAUAUGGUCUAGUCAGAGAGCAUCUCCUGACAAACCACCUGAAAUCUAAAGAGGUUUGGAAGGCAUUGCUGAAGGAAAUGUCCAUUUCUGUAUUGUUGAGAAAUUUAGGAAAGUUGACAGCAAAUUCAGUGCUUGAACCACGAGGUUCAGAAGUGGCAAUAGUAUGUGAAAGACUGAGAAACGAGAAACUGCUAAAAAAGGGUAGAAUACAUCCAUUCCAUGUCUUGGUUGCAUUAGAAAGCUAUAAAGCUGGGCAUGGAAGCAGAGGAAAGCUUUGGUGGCGUCCUGAUGAAGACAUUUUAGAAGCCUUAGAUGCCUCAUUUUACAAAACAUUCCAGACAGUUGAACCAACAGGAAAACGCUUCUUACUUGCAGUUGAUGUCAGUGCAUCAAUGACACAAAAAGUUUUGGGCAGUGUACUCAAUGCUAGCACAGUUGCAGCAGCAAUGUGUAUGGUUGUGGCACGUACAGAGAAGGAUUCCCAUAUAGUUGCCUUUUCGCAUGAAAUUGUGCCCUGCCCAGUGACGACUGAUAUGACGUUGCCUCAAGUAUUAGUGAAAAUGUAUGAAAUUCCGGUGGGCACCACUGAUUGUUCCCUUCCAAUGAUAUGGGCUCAAAAAACACAGACAGCUGCUGAUGUCUUUGUUGUAUUUACCGAUAAUGAGACUUUUGCUGGAAAUACUCAUCCUGCAACAGCUCUUAGAGAGUACAGAGAGCAAAUGGGUAUUCCUGCUAAGCUGAUUAUUUGUGGAAUGACCUCAAAUGGCUUUACGAUUGCCGAUCCAGAUGACAAAGGCAUGUUGGAUAUAUGUGGCUUUGAUACAGGAGCUCUUGAUGUUAUUCGAAACUUCGCUUUGGAUUUGAUCUAAUUUUCUAGGCAUCUUCUCUUCCCUGUGGGUCCAUUGCUGGCAACAGACUACACCCUGGGAACUCCUAGCCAAAUAUACUUCAUUAGAAUAUGGCACAUUAAAUACAUAUCAGUAUGUUACCUUUUUGUGAAGGGAAAACAAGAAAAGCAGAUGAGAAAUCUCUUUUCUCUUUUUUUCCUGUUCUACACAAUUUAAAGUAACAGUGGGAAGUUUGAUAAAAGUAACUACAGGGUUACACAAUAUAUAAUUUAAUUUCAUUUAUAAUAGAUUAUAAGUACUGAGAGACUUUUAAUUCCCCCCUCCCUGCUUCCAACCUCACCCCUCCCUUCCCCCAUUGCUGUGGAAUGGCUUGUUUGCAAGAAGAUACUGACUUACUGUUAGGAUGGGGCAGAAAAACAAAAAGUGGGGUUAGUAUUUUUAGUAAUGUCAGUAAAGUCAGUAACUUCAUUGAGAGGGAUUUUUCUUUGGUCUGUUUGUCAGUCUUUGUGUUUUAAACAAAUUACUAAGUUUCAACAGUUUCCAUUGUUACACUUCAGAUCUACAAAAGUAUUUUCUGGCACAUACGAGACCAUGUGACUGUGACGCAGUAUAAAAGCUGUCCAGUGAAAUUUUAUACUGAUGAAACUGAAAGUGGAAGAGUUUAUGCUAAUCUUUUUCCUAUCUAGAUUAUCAUCCUAGUUUUCAGGAGUAAAGUGUAAUUCUCUGUAGGUAAAUUGAGGUGUGGUUUCAGAAGCACUAUUUUUAAAUUAAUAUGAUUUACAGGAAGUUCUAAGAACUCUUCUUACUAGAAAAAGACCCUGGAAAUGGCUUAGAAGCUACAUUCAGUCCAUCUUAUAACUUCAGAAAGCAACAGCACACUUUCAGUGAGAAAGAUCAACAACUGCAUGUGUCUUGGAGUGCUCUUGAAAGCUGAUUGGUAACAACCAGAAACAAAAAGCUACAUUUUUUCCAAGACAACAUAUUCAAUGAUGCAGAAAAAAUCUUCCUAACAGGAGAGUAUUUCAUUUUUUGAAAUCUUUUUGUAGAUUAAUAUCACUUCUGGUUUUCUUAAAUUAAUUCAAGCUUACAUUUUUCAAAACUACCUCCACUUUAUAGUGACCAAUUCUAAAAACUUCUAUGAAAUGUACAGCUGCCUCUUUCAUGUUCUCAAAGUCUUGCUUGGGAAGUGGUUGAAACUGGAUUUUUUUAUUUUAUUUUUUUAGUUUAAUAUAGUGUGAGUUAAGUAAGGAGAAAGCUAGUGAAAAACUUACCACUUCGGAACAGGAAUUAAUAGCAAUUCAUGUGUAUAUGUAUGUAAUUCUCUGUGGUUUUGUAUAUGUGUGUGUAGGGGGGAAGUUAAAAGAUCUCUUUAGUAGGUCACAAUCUUAGAAGAUGGGAAAAGUUUUUAGUGAUGCUUUUACAACUUCCCCUAAGACAUGCACAUGUCAACCUCUUUUAUGCUAAUUCUGGCUGUUUUAAACAGUGAAUUUGAUGUUAAUUUAUAAAAAUAACCCAGUUGUGGUAAAUGACAUGUAAGACCAUAUUUGUCUGCCUAAACCCCAAGCUUUUUAAUGUAAAAUUCAAGUUCAUAUUAUACUUUUGAUACUUGUAACACUCUUAAUUAUGACUCACACAUAUGGAUUAUAAAUUCAAAGCUUGCAUUCUGUAGGAUGGAUAUCCCUUUUGGUGCUAAAAUGUGAGUUUACAUGUUACUGAAGGUAUUCUGCUAAAUACUUACAUGCUACCUUAAUGAAUAAAUCAUUGAGGGAAGCCUUUUCUGACAUUAAAACCGUGGCUUAAAGAACUGAUGGUAGGAACGUUACCUUUCCAUGGACUUCUGAAUUAUUGCUGCUCUUAUGACACAGCUUGACAAAUACAGGACUGCCACCAGCUUGUCAGGUGACCUUGAGAAAAACAAGUGUUCCUAAAAAGGCUGAGACAUAACACUAUGAGUUUGAAGAUUAGCCAUUUCUUACAAAAAAUUUCUUAACCGCUUUUAGUAUCCUUUCUAAAUAAACACCAUGAAUAUGGGAAGUAAACUCGUUUGGUCAAUAACAUGUCAAUAAUUAUUCUAAGUAAAUGCGCUGAUGUUUUGGGGUUGGAUUUGGUAGUAGUGUGUUUGAAAUUACACAAUAGUCAAACAUCUGAUAAGGUGUUUCCUUCUAAGCUAGAGAUGUUGAAAAUAACAUAGAUAAGUAUCUUUUGCAAGUACUUUUUUAUUAUUUGGAGUAGUAUUUGUGAAGUCAUAGGAAAUAUUUUGGAUUAAAUAUAAAAAUAAAAAAACAGGUAUUUCAAGUAACUUUGUGCACUUAAUUGCAUAAAUUUACUGCAAGCGAAAGAUUAGAGUAGUUACUAACAGAUUGAAUGAACGGUUACAGUAGUGUUGCAUCUUUGAAAGCAGUCCAGUUGAAAACACAAUUACUUGAACUAGAGCAUAAGUUGAGAUGAACUUUUCAGUAGAACUGAUAGAAAAUGUAUCUCCCUGUAUCUGUUGACACUGGAUAGCUAUUCACCCUGUUAAAGACGGUCAUCCGUGCUGGAGUACGUAAUAUGCUCCUAAAUAUUUACUGUGUCUUUGUAUUAAAAAAUCUUGUUAGAAAUAGAAUACUCUGAGUGGUUUGAUUACCUCAUGUAGAACUAGCACCAGUGAGAUCAUGUUGUCAUCUGCUUCUCCUUUAAGAUUUUCAGAGAGAGGAAACUGAAGUAAAUGCUGACAGCUGAAACUUUA